CGAACGUUUUAAUCUAGAUGCUAUUAAACGUUGUUGUGUGUUGUCUGUUAAUGAGGAGUACGUGAACUGCGACGAUAUCUUACAUUUAAAGCAAGGAGACGUAGUUGGUGUUAUACCACCACUCAGCGGAGGAUAAAAUGGAGUUUUUAAAACUAACCCACACUCAGCUUUCUGUAGAGGAAAUUUCCAAUCUGGUCUCCACACCAACAUGUGGUGCAAUAUCCAUAUUUGUAGGAACAACUAGGAAUAAUUUUGAGGGGAAAAGUGUCAUUAAUCUCGAGUAUGAAGCUUACGAGAGUAUGGCGUUAAAGUCUUUGCAGUCUCUGUGUAAUGAUAUAAGAUCGCAGUGGAAGGCAAUUGAAAAUAUCGCAAUUUAUCAUAGACUAGGUACUGUACCAGUUAAGGAAGCGAGUAUAGUUAUUGCUAUAUCAUCACCACACAGACUUGAUGCAAUGCAAGCCGUUCAAUGGUGUAUUGAUAAUGUUAAAAAAUCAGUUCCAAUUUGGAAGAAAGAAAUAUACGAAGGCCAAACAGAUUCGUGGAAAGAGAAUAAGGAAUCAUCUAUUCAUCCUCCGAGAGUUAAAUUCUUUAAAUUAAACAAUAUCCCCGAAGUUAAAGUUCCGUUCGUUCCUCCCCAUCUUGUGCAAAUCAAAGCAGAUGGUGAAGAAAUAGAGAAACGCAUUGAAAAGUUCAUCGAGUUAAAACGAGAAGAAAUAAAUCGUGCGAAUAUAAGAGAUUUUUGUUGCCGUGACGAUAAUGAAAUAAACGAGUUCUCGUGUGCGCGGAUCGAUGCUAAAUUAAUUAAAAGAAAAGACUCCAAAGGUCAUUUGAAGGUAAGCCGUGUUUUAAAUACUUAUCAUCGGGAUCAAGGAGAUUUAGAUUACUUAAAAAAGUAUGGCAAUAAAAAUGGAAUUGAAGAACGGAUUGUGGGCAUCGAAACGCAAUUAAAUUUGGAUCAUCGUACACAUAAAGAUACGUUUAAGAGAUUGCAAAUAAUGGAAAAUCGUUUACUGCACUUGGAGUCUUUGUCCCCUGAAUAUAUUAACUUUUGGAAUAAAUCUGCGCCUUAUCAAAAACCAUCUAAUAAAAAAAGAAUAUUUACAAUCGAGGAAAUUGAUAGUUUUAUCAGUAAUUUAGAAAAGAAACGUACAAAAUUAAAUUUGGCAUCCGAUGAAGAGAGUUGAAGUGAAUUUUUUAUUCAUUUGGGAUUUUUAUGUAUGUAACUUUGUAACAAAAGGGGUUGAGCAACAUCAUCUAAUAAAACCAAUGAAUAAACAUUGAAUAAAACAAAUGAA